CAAAAAAAACAAGCAUUACUGGUGGGAAUGUAAGAUGUUGUAGCCAUUUUGCAAAACAGUCUGGCAGUUUUUCAAGAGGUUAAAUAUAGAUUUAUUACAUAACCCAGCAGUAAUACUCCUAGGUAUAUACCCAAGAGAAAACAUAUCCACACAAAAACUUACAUACAAAUGUUUAUAGCAGCAUUAUUCAUAAGAGCCAAAAAGUGGAAACAAUCCGCUUUCCAUGGAUGAACCUUGAAGUGAUUGCCUAAAUUAUCCUUUUUACUUAGGCAUUCACUUCUAAAUCCAGCUGUGCAUUGACAUCACCUGGGAAGCUUAUGCAGCUCCCUGGCAAUCUUUGAGGAUGGGACACCUGGAUUAAUGUUUGAAAUCCAUUAGAAUAGAUUAUCUCUAAGGUCCCUGAUAGCUCCAAAAAUUGUAAAAAAAAUCUCUAAUAGCGGGUCACCAAUGCCCACAUCUUUGAAGAAGAGACAUUAUUGGUACUUGGAACAGGUCUCCCAAUAGUUCCUUCUGGAAGCCUAAGUUGGUUCUUCUCUUAGGCAUCAUCCCAACCUCCACAAGGUUGAAUAAAGAUAUUCUUAACAAGGAUGAACUAUGGCUGAAGGGAUAGGCCACAUCUGAUUAUGUCUGUGUAGGCUGCUAUACUAAGAAAUCACCCCAUUUUGAAGAAAGCUACUCAUUAGCACAGAACUUGUCACUGCAAUUGAGAAUAACCAGUCCCUCCUUCUAUGACAUUUAUAGACACAGUUGGAUAGAAUAAAGUAAUAGACUUCUAACAAUCCCAGGCUUUCUGUUUAUCAGCACCUGUUUAGUCAUAAGCUGACUAAAGGCUCAGUGUUUAUAAUGGAACUUAUUUCUUGUUUUCUUUCUUCUCUUAAUAUUUAAGAACUAAGAUGAAUCAUGUUCCGGCUUUUGACCUCCUGCUGCUCUUGGCUAAAGACAACAGAAGAGACACGAAGGAAUGUGACCAUCCCUAUCAUUGGCUUGAACAACUCAGGCAAAACUGUUCUUGUGGAGGCAUUCCAAAAAUUACUUCCCAGUAAGACAGACCAUUGUAUGAAAUCGGAACUGACUACACUUUUGUUAGAUGAGUAUGAACUUUCCAUCUACGACCUGAAUGGAGAUCUGAAGGGCCGGGAAGCAUGGCCAAACUACUAUGCACAGGCCCAUGGGCUUGUUUUCGUCCUGGAUUCCAGUGACAUAAGACGCAUGCAGGAAGUGAAGAUCAUCUUAACACAUCUGCUGUCUGAUAAAAGAGUGGCAGGGAAACCCAUCUUACUCUUAGCAAACAAACAAGACAAGAAGAAAGCCCUCAUGCCUUGUGAUAUUAUUGACUAUCUACUUCUAAAGAAGCUAGUGAAAGAGAAUAAGUGCCCAUGCCGAGUGGAGCCAUGUUCAGCCAUCAGAAACCUUGAAAGAAGAAACCAUCAGCCCAUAGUUGAAGGACUGCGCUGGCUAUUAGCUGUCAUUAAUACCUGCCAACUACCACCUACCUCGAGCAUCUCAAUCUCCAAGAAUAACACAGGCUCUGGAGAAAGAUGCUCAUCACACAGCUUAUCCACCAGAACAGGAAUGUCAAAGGAGAAAAGACAGCAUCUAGAACAACGCCCAACAGAAGCUAAGCCUCUAAAGUCAAUCCUACAGAAAGAAGGUACAAGAUUACGGCCUAAAAAGAAUAUGUCAGUAACAUUUGCUUUAGAUGAACCCAUGAAAGAAGGUGAAUGUUCUAGGAGAACUAGAGUUUAGAACACUACGAAGUUUCACUACAAUUGAAGGAGUGACUUAUAGACUCCAGCUCCAUACGUUGAUGACAAUAUUUUUGAAGGUAAUGCUGGAUCAGUGGUUAGAGAAGAAAAUUUACAUAGGCCUUCCCUAACAAUUUCUACAAUAGUAUUCCAAUUUUGAGCCUGAAAUUCUUUCCUCACUCUAUGGUUGGUGAUUAGGAGAAGAGAAAUAGAAGAAGUACAGGAAGGGUGCUUGGGUACCAUCUUCUGGUAGUCCAGCAUGAUGCCCCAGCACUGGUUGACACAAGAUCUUUAGAUGGCUAUAGGGUUAUCUUAAAGUUUAUGAUUCCAGUGGUGGAAGUACAAGA